AUGACAACAGGAAUCACUCUCGAUCACUAUUUCAGGAAUCCAACUUGUAUGUUCUUCAUCGUCGGUAGCUCGAGCUCCGUAUCGACCGAACCCACAGAUUCCGUAUUCAUCGAGCUCACAGGCGAACCGUCAAUUGUAUCAACAGAAUCGUCAUCAGAAGCCGUUACAGAUUCCGGUACCACUGCGUCCAUAUCGAUUACAUCCUCAGGAACGGCAUCAGAUGCUCCUACAACAAGCUCGACUCCUUUGUCAGGCUUUAUUACGGUCGUUAUUAUAGACUCCUCGUCCUCCGUACUACUAGAAUCUAGCGCAGAAUCACUUGCAGAUUCUACUUCCAUCACAAAUGCAGGAAUCAGCUCAAUCACUGCGGCAUCAGAAAGUCUCAGCUCAGUCGGAAUUUCAGAGUUAGCUUCUGCGACAUCCGAAGGACCUAUAUCCAUUACACUCGUAGGCAACACCACGUCGAUUGUUCCAGGUUCCAUUUUGUCGAGUGUUUCGGAUUCCAGUUCGUUGAUCAUCAUCGCCUCUAUCUCAAGCAGUAUCACGGGGCCUAAUUCGACCGCUGGGGUAGAUCUAAGUUCAUUGGCUAGUGCCUCUAGUUCCAUGGCUAUCACUGCGACAGAGCUUGGUUCAGCUAUCUCCGCAGACUCUGCGACUGUCCCGGCUGUCUCUUCGACUAUCUCUGCAGGCGUCUCAUCAGCCGCAAGUUCGGACUCGUCCAUUGCCCCUCAGGCCACAGACUCAAUUAUAUCUCAGGAAGGGUUCCCGGUUUCAGUCGUCAGCAGUUCCUCGACUUCUGUUCUUGACUCUGUGUCACCUAUAAUUGUCGAUACUGCAACAGUUGCAUCCUCGCUAUCUAGCUCCAUCACGAUAGGCACUGAUUCCGCCAUCUCAUCAAUUGCCGGCUCAACUGCUCCUACAGAAUCUGGCGUGAGCGUCGUUACUCCAGUUCUCAGUGACUCUGCAAGCACAUCAGGAACUGAUGUAUCUGCAAGCGCACCGCAAACGAGUGUACCUGCAAGCAUAUCACAAGCAGAUGUAUCUGUGAGCGUAUCAGCAUCGGAUGUAUCUGUACCCGUAUCCGGGAUCAGUGCAAGCGCAUCAGAAGCUGGUUCGAUUGCUAGCAGUGCUAGCACAACAUCAGACAACACAGUCUUAGAGUCUAGUGCAAUUAUAAGCGUGACAGAACUUGGUUCGACCGCAAGCACUACGGCUUUGAGCUCGGUUAUAAGCAUUACAGAUCUUGGUGUGUCAGUAAGCACCAUAGAUUCAAGCUUACUUUCAAGCUUGACAGAUAGUGCUUCGACUGCCAGCACAACAGAUGUUGUCUCGAUCUCAACUCCGACAGACUCGAAUUCAGUCGCUAAUACACAAGCUUCUGGCACAAGCGCUCUCACUACAGCUUCCGGGCUGGAAACUAGCAUCACGGAUUCGGCCUCGAGCGCGACUCUCACGAAUGCUGAUACAAGCGGUGUAAUCACAGAUGCUGGCUCAAUUGUCAUUCCUACGGAAUCGGGCUCCAGUAUUGUUGCGACGGAUUCAGGUUUCAUAUCAAAUUCUACGGACGCUAGCAUCAUAUCGAGUUCGACGGCAACAGAUUCAGGUCUCAUUGCGAGCCCAAUUGCAAGCACUGCCAGUAUUAGUGUUACUAGCGACCAAGGAUUGACUUCGAUCACUGAUCUGAACAAUGUUGGAUCAAGCAGUAGUUUCAGUUUAGGCCCACUUGGGUCCUCGACGGAAUCCCUGAUCUCCAGCAUUGUAGUAUCGAGUUCAACCUCUGAGAUUGGGACUACCAUUGCUGCAACAUCGGAGACCGGUUCUUUUGUUACUCCGGUAAUGUCUGAGCCCACAUCCCCACCAGGAUCAGUGGUAAUAUCAGAUGCUGCGAUAAGCACAAGUGCAUCGAUAAGUGCAGCUACAACUGCAGUCGACUCUGGUACAUCUAUAAUUACGGCAGGAUCAGCUUCUGUUGUUACCGUAGAAGCUAGUUCAAACCCAUUGCCAGCAGACUCGAGUUCCGCAACACUCUCACAGGCUUCAGUCACACCCUCAGACAUAUCUGCUGUCUCUUCCGACUCGACAAAUAUUGGUUCGUUGACUUCGCUUGCCAGCGCAACAGAUGCUGGAUCCAUCGGAAUAUCGAGCCUCGACUCAACCCUCACCGGCCUCGUCAGCUCCUCAACUGCGACUGUCUUGGACUCUAGCGUGAUUAUCGGUCAGGGUUCAGUCUCGGUGGUGUUUAGUGCAUCUUCUACAAUUGGUCUGGAGACAAGUGCCGUCGUGUCGGUGGCGAGCUCAGAGUUGAGCUCAACGAUCGUGCCCAUUCUCACGCCUGCAGUGAGUUCAAGCGUUGACGUCUUGACGGCCUCGGGAUUGAGUUCUCCCAUUGCAACCAUAAGCUCAACACUGGGACAAGACCAAAGUUUGUCGUCUUCAACUGUUACUUCUGGCGCAAGCUCGAUUGUGCAGUCAAGUGUUGACUUGCCAGUGAACUCAGACUCUAUUACUGCUCCGAUCCUCGGCACGUCCUCUGUGUUAGGAUCCAGUAUUAUCAUUGAGGUACUUCCAGUGCCAAGCUCAGGUACAAUAUCAGACGCCGCAGCCAUAACAUCGGCACCAACUGUAGAUGUUGGCUCUACCGUGGAACCCAGUGAAGGCUCUAGUUCUGUUCUGGCUUCAAUCACCUCUGCAACAAAUACGAUGGAUGUACUUCCGUUACCCGGAGACGAGAGUGAAUCAAGCUCUGCGUCGGUACCAUUGGGUGUUACAACACAAUCGAGUUCCGUCACAGAUUCCAUUGUCCCUCUGGAAUCGACCACAGGGCCCACGCCUAUCUCGAGUGUGAGCUCAAUAACAGUACAAGACACAGGCUCCAUAUCUACACUAGCCUCAGAUACAAGCCCCAUCACGGCUCCAGGCCCCAUUUCGUCAACAGGGCCAGUCACAGAUGUCUCUAUUACCAUCAUCGCAAAUUCAGACUCGGUAUCCUCCUCAGUCUCUGUAUUGAGCUCCGUUCCAAGUGGGGAGUCAAGCAUCGUAGUAGAAGUGAUCUCGGGCUCGACAACGUCGAUUGAUACUGCAGCAACACCAGGUGCAAGCUCGACGUUUGCACCAGGCUCUGAUUCUGCCACGAUUGUCAUACCAAGUCCUUCAGAGCUAUCAUCUUCUUCCCUCGUCAUCCAGGGGUCAUCGACAAUCCUGGCAUCCAGCUUACCCGCUGACCAAUCUUCCUCUGCGAUUACAGAAACAUCUCUAGCCGCAAGCGGGUCUACAGCUCCAGAAUCUAUCGUGACUGAAGCUUCUUCACAACUCUCGAGCACAUUGUCUGUCCUGGUCUCUGAUACAGUCACCAUUGCAUCCUCAGACUCGUCUCUGGUUGCAACCUUGACUGCGCCAAAUCCAUCCGAUCUUGCGACGUCAUCUGGUCUUGAAAGUGUCACAGCUGUAGGCUCUACGGAGUCGUUGAGUUCUACAGUCGCGACCGUGUCGGGGACUGCAACGUCUGAUGUAGCAAGUGCAAGCUCUGUGGUUGCUAGCUCUCUCGGGGUUGAAGGUUCUAUAGUCGCUAGUUCUACACUUGCUGGCUCUGGGGUCGCUAGCUCUGAUGUUGUCAGCUCUGGGAUCGCUAGCUCUACAGUCGCCAGCUCGGUCGGAGUUGAAGGCUCUACAGUCGCCAGCUCAAUCGGCAUUGAAGGCUCUACAGUCGCCAGCUCAAUCGGAGUCGAAGGUUCUACGGUUGCUAGCUUUACGGCUCCUACCUCUGAGGUCACUAGCCCUACAAUUGCCGGUCCCACAGUCGCCAGCUCCUCCGGGGUUGAAGGUCCUGUCAUAGCAAGCCCUACAAGUGCUAGCUUGUCCGAAGUCCCGAGCUCGGCAGUUGCAGGCUCAUCUGAUAUCCUGAACCCGACCGUUACGAUCCCUGCGGGUCCUACAGCGUCUGAUGCAGCAACUGCAGGCUCUACGAUUGCAAGCUCUAUUGGAGUAGAAGGGUCUACUGUCGCAAGCUUGUCUGAUAUCCUGAGCUCUACGGUGGCAAGCUCAUCUGAUAUUCUAAACCCAACCGCUACUAUCCCCGUGGGUCCUACAGCGUCUGAUGCAGCAACUGCAGGCUCCACAAUUGCAAGCUCUAUUGGAGUAGAAGGGUCUACUGUCGCAAGCUUAUCUGAUAUUCUAAACCCAACCGCUACUAUCCCCGUGGGUCCUACAGCGUCUGAUGCAGCAACUGCAGGCUCCACAAUUGCAAGCUCCCUUGGAGUAGAAGGGUCUACUGUGGCAAGCUUAUCUGAUAUUCUAAACCCAACCGCUACUAUCCCCGUGGGUCCUACAGCGUCUGAUGCAGCAACUGCAGGCUCCACAAUUGCAAGCUCCCUUGGUGUUGAAGGCUCUAUUGUCGCAAGCUCUUCCGAGACAGUGAUCUCUGGCGCAACGUCUGCGGUUGUAAGCUCUUCGCAGGCUUUGAUUUCUGAUGCAGCUUUGAGCUCAUCAACGGCUGGAGGCUCGAUAGCUGAAAGUUCUCUGGUAUCAAGCCCAACUGAAAUUACGACCGCAUCUGCAGGUGUAAGCUCUCAAGUUGUGCUCCCAUCUGACACUUCCAACAUCUCUGGGCUUACAAGUGUGUCUGGUGUAACGAGUUCAACCGCUACCGGUUCAAUUGAGGCCGUGGGCGCGACCACACUUUUGAGCUCUUCUGGCAUCAGCUCUUCUGAAGCCACAAGUCUCUCUGGCACUCUGAGCACUCCUGCGGCAAGCUCAAUUGUCGUAGAGGGCGUUCCUACCGUCACAAACCCUGUGCCUGCAAGCUCGUCUGAAGUUGCAGGUCCAUCCGGCAUUCUCAGUGCCACUGUCGCGAGCUCAAUUGGUCAGGAGGGCGCAUCUACCCUUGCCAUCUCUACAGAUACCAGCUCUUCGACUGCAAUCUCAAUUGUGGUAGAGGGUGCUUCAUCCCCUGGAGUUAUUCUCGGUACAAACUCUCUGACAGCAAGCUCCCUUGAAGCUACGAAUCCCUCCAACAUCCAGAGCGCUACUGUCGCGAGCUCAAUUGUCGUAGAGGGCGCUUCAACCAUCGGUAUUGCUACAGAUACAAGUGCUUUGCCCGCAAGCUCCCUUGAAGCCACAAGCCUCUCUAGUGUCGUGAGCGCCACUGGUGCAAGCUCAAUCGUCGUGGAGACCGCUUCCACCGCUGUCAUUGCUACUGGUACAAGCUCUGUCGUGGUAGAGGCCGCUUCGACCGUUAUCAUUGCUACCGGUACAAGCUCAAUCGUGGUGGAGAUUGUGAGCAUCUCUAUAGCUCCAAGCUCUUUGACAACAAGCUCGAUUGUGAUAGAGGGCAUUUCACCCGUUGGUAUAUCUACAGCUGCAAGCUCCUCUGAACUUGCCAGCCCCUCUACGCUUGUAAACUCUGCAGCUCCUAUUGGAAUAACAACAUCAACAGAGGUAGUGCAAAGCGUCAGCCAACCUACAAACAUAGGCUCAGGCUUGCCUACGAUUGUGGCUGGAACUUCUUCUCCCCUCGCAAGCUCUAUUUCCAUCGAAGCACUACCUAUAGCUGUUGAUUCAAGCUCUUCUGUCGUACCGAUCAUUCCGACUGCUUCGAGUGCACUCACACUGAUCAGCUCGUCCACGUCACCUGGUGCUUCGGGAGUAGGUGGCAUUUCCGUCGAAGGCUCGCCUGUGGUGCUAAGCUCCACGAUAAUCUCCAGCCCGCUGGUGGCCUUGAGUUCGACUGCUCCCGAAAUUGCGACUAUUGCUCCAGUUCCUGCUCCCCCUCCCCCUCCCCCCACAGACCUAGGCACAUCUACUGUACCAUCGCCUGUGGUCCUACCCAUCUCGAUUAUUCCCACAACCGGGCCUUCCAGCAGUGCGAUUGAUAUAGCUGGAAGCCAAACUACGGUUCCAGGUCCAAACACUAUUCCGACGUUGGAUGCAAACUCCGCCAGCCCCCCGAUCGUGAUACCCAUCCCGGUACCGACGUCAUCUGCUGACACUCUAUCUACGGAGUCAAGCUCUGUCUUUGGGUUGGGUUCAGUGGCAACCGCACCCUCAAGCCCAACCCCGAUCUCGAGCUCUUCCACAAGACGGCGUUCCACUACAACUAGAGCAACAUCAAGCUUCUCCUUUGGCAUCGGUUCAUUAGUCGAUGUUAUUCCACCUGGCACCGUCAUUCCCACUACGGAUGAGAGCUUCGCCAUCCCUACAAUCCCCACCUCAAUUCCAGACGCAGUGACAAGUUCUGCAUUUGGAUUGGGCUCAAUCAUCAGCACCUCGAGCGUCCUGACUAUUACAAAUUUGGCCACUACUUCGGUUCCCACGCAGAGGCCCUCGCGCACACGCACGCGCACCUACACGCGAACUCGAAGACCCGUGGGCAACCGACCGCCCAGUUUCCCAGGUGAUGGUGUCGAUGGAAAUGGCUUCCCUGAUGGCUUCCCGUAUGGUCAGCCAUAUGAGCCAUACCCCUGGCCUACCAAACUACCACACAGGCCCCAUCCUCCGCAUCACAUCCCUCGACCCGGCCAACCUUGGAACCCAGAACCCGUGUACCCUGACGGAUAUCCUGAUGGAUACCUUGAUGGCUACCCUGCUAACCCACCGGAGCAGCGCCCCCCACCAGAGGACGCCGGGUCAGGCUAUCCCGUGAAUGAGCAGCCCCCAGCCGAACAACCAAACCACAGCGACGGAUAUCCAACCAACGAGCAACCAGAAAGCGACCCCAACUACGGAGCUGGCUACGCCGCAAACGAGCAACUAGAUAACCAGCCUCCCAACCCUGCUAACGACAAUUCCCCACCACAGCCCACCGACAACGCCUCAAGCCCCGAGAAUGAAAAUCAGGACCAAAUUCCCCCGCCGCCUGCAGACCAAGGCCUAGGCUACCAUGCCAUCCCCUAUGCCGGCGUAGUCGACCAGCCCACCCAACAAGAUACUGAUGAAUACGACUACAGCUCCGAUGGAUAUCCUGCGAAUCGCCAGCUCUGGCCCUAUGGUCGUGAAGACGAAGAUCCCGGUGUACAAGAGGGUGCGGUGUCGGAGGAAGAAAACGGGUACCCGCGCAAUGGCGGGUCAUGGCCUAGUUGGAGGAGGUGGAUUACGGCGCCGAUUGUUAGGUGGAGGUGA